UAGCCUUUCGAUGAGCAAAUGCAGUCCCCCUUGCGCGCUCAACAUGCCGUCUCCACUCAACUCCGCCGCCUUGGGAAAUUUCUCUCCCUCAUAUACAUCGCGCAAGCACGAAUGGAACAUCUGGAAAGCAGACAAUGUCCACGCCACUCCCGAAUCCGUCGCUGCAAGUCACCGCAGACCACAAUUUGAAGCAAGAAGAUGCGCCCGUGUAUGCGCCGGCCCAAGGAGAAGUUCUACUUCAUAUCAAGGCCACAGGUGUCUGCGGGUCCGACAUUCACUUCUGGAGAACAGGGAGGAUAGGCUCGCUUGUUGUUGAGGGCGAUUGUAUCUUAGGUCACGAGGCAGCUGGUAUUGUCCUACAAUGUGGCGAAGGUGUAACGAACCUGAAGCCAGGUGACCGUGUAGCCGUCGAGCCUGGUAUUCCCUGCGGCGAAUGCUUCCUUUGCCAGGAUGGUCGCUACAAUAUUUGCGAAGACGUCCAGUUCGCAGGCGUCUAUCCGUAUCACGGCACAAUUCAGCGAUAUAAGACCCAUCCCGCGAAAUGGUGUCACAAGUUGCCAGACAACGUCAGUUAUGCAGAGGGUGCAUUGCUAGAACCACUAUCAGUUGUUAUGCACGGCAUCAAGUCGGCCGGGUUGUCGCUCGGUCGUGGUGCUGUAGUAUGCGGAGCUGGACCCAUUGGUCUUAUUGCACUUGCAGCUGCAAGAGCAAGCGGUGCGCAUCCGAUUGUCAUCACGGAUCUCGAACCGAAGAGAUUGGCCUUCGCAAAAAAGUUCGUUCCUUCAGCCCUCACCUACCAAGUCAACCGAGAUCUUGACUCGGAGGGCAACUCGAAGGAGAUCAGGAAGCUGUUCAACUUCGAACACGUUGGAGAGUACGGUGCACCAGAAGUAGUACUUGAGUGCACAGGUGUAGAGAGCAGUGUUGUCACUGCUACCUAUACAGCGCGAAGAGGCGGAACAGUCAUGGUGAUUGGUGUAGGAAAGGAGAUCAUGAACAAUCUUCCGUUCAUGCACCUUUCUCUCGGAGAGAUCAAUCUCAAGUUUAUCAACCGAUACCGUGACACAUGGCCUGCUGGUCUGCAAUGUCUCGCCGGAGGCAUCCUUGAUCUCAAGCCGCUUGUCAGCCACACGUAUCCAUUGGAGAAGGCAUUGGACGCGCUGCACACAUGUGGUGAUCUGAGCAAUGGAAGCAUCAAGGUGCAGAUCAUUGACGAGGUGGACAACGUGUUGUAA